AUGCCUGUGAUGCUCCCUUCCACCGACCGGGGCCAGGACUCGCGCGUUGGGGCACCAGAAUGGCGCCAGGCGGCCAAGGCUACGUCUCGCAAGGCACACCUUCUGACCGAUCGCUGUGGGCAGGAGGCAGUGACCAUGUGGCAGCCCAAGGACAGUGUGCUGGACCCGAACGUGGCGCACCACCUGGGCCGAGCCGCAUACAUGGAACCCUGGCGCUUUCGGGUAGAGAUGCUCAAAGGAGGCGGCACCCUGGAAAAGCCACCGCCCGGAGAAGGCGUCACCCUAUGGAAAGGGAAGAUGAAGCCCCCUGCCUGGUACGCGCGCCUACCGCUGCCUAUGCAUCGCGACGCGCGUGCCCAGCAAACCGCCGAGGUGGUGCACGCGCACGCACGCGGGGCGCGCCUCACCGCCGCCCGCCUGGGCCGGGCGCAGCACCAGAUCAAUGGGCAGCUGCGGCUGCUGCUGCGCCAGCGCGAGGCCACCGACCGCAGGCUCAGCGAGGUGCGCAAGGGCCUGCUCAUCAAUCAGCAGAGCGUCAAGUUGCGGGGCUACCGACCCAAGUCUGAGAAGAUCCCAGAUAAAGCUGACAACAUGCUUGUCUGGGAGAAAGGGGAGCUGAAGUCCAUGAAGAGAAAAAUGGAGAAAGACAUGGAAAAGUCGGAGGCCUUGCUCAAGGCUCUGGCCUCCUGCAGGGACACUCUGGACUUCUACUGUCAGGAAAGGCUGCAAGCUGUGGGACUCAUGAACCAGCCACUGGACAAGGUUCUGGAGCAGGCUGGCCGGCACUCCUGGGUAGACAUCACCCGACCCCCGACUCCUCGAACUCAGGGCUUGAAAACGCCUCCUCCUGACCCCGUUGGCACGUACACCCCAGCAUGCGCUAAGGCCUUGUUUGAAGCCAAGCGUUUGUUGAUGGAGUCCAAGGACAUCUUAACAGAGAUGGCAAAGAACGAGGCAGACAUUCAAAAUCAACAACAGCAGAUAAGCGACCGCGUAUGCAACACGCUGGCACAGAAGAUGCGCGAGACCUUGGAGUUGAAGGAAAGAAUGACCAUGACUUUAGGGCUAAUGAGGGGAACUAUCCACCGGUGCAUGAAGUUCAAUCAAGAGAUGUACGUCACGCGGGGCAUCAUCAAGGGUCCUCUGUUGAAAAGAAACCUGGAGGCGCGAGAGAAACUGAACAGACCCUUGGUUCGCAUGUAUCAGAGACAUGUGGGCACCCAGCUCCCGGAGGCAACUCGCCUCGCCCAGGGUACUGACCUGCUGACCCGCCACAACUUGCACAUGGAAAAGAACUUAAAAGAGCUCCGUACAACCCACGACAACCUCGCCUGGAGCCUCAACUGCAAAAAGAUAGGGCACGAUGUGGACUACGAUGUGGUGCGUCUGCGCCUACGCCAGCGCCACCCGCACGUGUGCUACGAGCAGGCGCAGCGCCUGGUCAGCGACUGGGACCCUCGCACACCACAGCGCAGCCAAACCAAUACCGCCUCCAAGUGA